GCACCUAGAAGCGCUUGUGAGUGCGGUGAAUAUUUUUGUUCGGAAGGCGAUCUUCUGUGUCGAUGUCGAUGGGAAUUGCAUCUCUACGGCGGCUACCCCUCUUCCGCUCCUUCCGCUGCUCUUCUGCUUCCCUCCCUCUUUUGUACCGUAUGUCCUCUUCUUCCUCCGCCUCGGAUGGCAUUCCGAAACCCUUCGUCUUCGACAACUGGAUCUCGAACAAGCACGAGUACCACGCUCUGUGGUCCCACGUUGUAACGCGUAGCCACCACCUCCAAGGUUGCCGCCUUCCAUUUGUAGGAGGCUUUGGACGGGGUUUCAGUGUAGCAGCCAGAACUCAUUUGCCUGUCAUAACAGAUCCUGACAUAGAAGCUGCAUUCAAGGAUUUAAUGGCAAUGGAUUGGGAUGAGAUCCCAGAUUCUGUUGUCAAUGAAACAAACAAGUCUUUGUCUAAGACUACUGAUGAUACUUCUGGGAAGGAGGCUUUGGCUAACGUGUUUCGUGCAGCUGUAGCUUCAGUGGAGUUUGGUAGUACUUUAGUUUCUCUUAGAAUGGCACUUGAUGAUCUGGCCGGUUUAACUGGGGAGAAUGUUGGACGCUUGCCAGACUAUUUAGAAGAUGCUUUGAGAGCAGCAUAUAGACGUUACACGACCUAUCUUGAUUCCUUUGGUCCAGAUGAAGCCUAUCUACGGAAAAAGGUUGAAACUGAACUUGGAUCAAAGAUGAUACACUUAAAGAUGAGGUGCAGCGGCAUUGGUUCUGAGUGGGGAAAGGUCACUCUUCUUGGCACCUCUGGAAUUUCUGGUUCUUAUGUUGAACAAAGAGCUUGAAGAAAAUGGCAAUUCAGUUGCCUGAAAGAUUUUGCUGUUUCCUAGGGGCUCUCUCUCUCUCUCUCUCUCUUUCGCUCUCUCUCUGAGAGGAGGCACACACAAAUUCCCCUCUUGCAAAUAAAGCAUGGAGAGUGAGUAAUUUGAUAUUUUCUUAUUUUGUCCCUUGUUCUGCAAACUAACACUGAAAUUUUGUAAAAUAAUUUGAUUAUAUCGCUGCACUCUUUAGUUGAGCCUAUAUCUAUCUGUUUCAGGGAUAUUAAUGUUAAGUUAAAUGCAUUAUACUUUACAACGUA